AUGUCUGGAUCCAAUGAUUCGGACCGCAUGCUGGGCUUGUCCCCAUCCGACGAACGCAUCCUCCUCUACGGAAUUCUGUGCCCAUCUACUGAUGGAAGCCGAAACGCCAUCGAUUACAUGAAGCUUGCCAGUGUCCUUGGCUAUACCCCGUCCUCUGCCAAAGUCAUGUACGGCAACGCUCGUCGCAAGCUGGCUCGUUUUACUGGCAUGGAAGUCCCGAUCAUCGCCCGUGGAAACAUGGCACGUGGAACUGCCGCUGCUGGCUCCAAGACCACGACUGAUGCACCGGAAACCGACGAGUCGCCCGCUAAGAAGCCCCGCAAAACUUCCCCAACCACCUCCCGCAAGCGAAAGGCCGAAAAGUUGGAGACCACACAGACCGAGGGAGUAGCCGAGACUCAUCCCCAGAUAGCGACUAAGACCCAGGCCGGGACUGAGACCCAGGCCGAGACAAAGAUCGAGGCAAAGGCCAAGAGUGAGGUCGAGGCCAAAGCCGAGACCGAUGUCGAGGCUGGGGUCCACUUUGUGCCUGAGCACAAGAAGGAGAAUGGAGAGGCCGAAGAAGAGGUCGUCAAGACAGAGACCGGGCCCUCAGAGGCCAAGGAGGAGCAGUCUUGA